UACUUGGCGCCGGAGGUACCUAUUGCCGCAGCAGAAGCAACAGGUGCGCGCAGCUAAGAGGUUUGGGGAGCGGCCGCCGCUGUUGAGAAGUCGAGGCAUUACUGCAUUUCAGAAUGGAGCCAUCUCCAUUUAACCGAAGGCAAUGGGCUUCACAUUCGCUGAGGAUAACUGCCAAAGAAUUGUCUCUUGUCAAUGCGAACACAUCAUCAGCUCUCCUACAGAGGUUCUCCAAGUACCAGAAGGCAGCUGAAGAAGCGGCUGCAGAGAAAAAAAGAAGUAGCAUUGACCCACUUCCCCCUCAUUUUAAAAGGGGGAACCUCAGCAUCUUGAAGAAGAAGUGGGAAAAUCCAAGCUUGGGGACGGAGGUCCGGAAGGAAGCUGUGGAAAGCUGCCGUGCUGAGGUUAGGCAGAAGGCUGUCAGCCCUGGUGGUGGAACUGAAAGCGGCUCUGCUUCCCUAGCAGAAAUUAACAAAACUUCAGGGAUUAGUCCAAGAUUGAGACUUCAGUCCUCUUCCAGAUUGUUUGGCCGGUUCAGAUAUCCCAGUGUUGGCAGCGAAGACGAUCAAGCGCAGUCGUCUCAGAGUGGGGAAAUGGAAAAUUGUCUUAGAGAAUCCACACAAGACAUAGGAAAGCUGGAGACCAGUGAAAUCUCAGAGUCGUCAGGGAAAAUAGAGAAGUUUAAUGUUCCUCUAAACAAACUAAAGAUGAUGUUUGAGAGGGGGGAUGCAGUUCAAACAAAGCAGGUUGUUCACGACCAUGGCAGAGCUGCUGAGGGUAGGAUGAUCUCAGAGAGCCACUUCUUUUCAGAGGACCUCGACUUACCUCAUGGAGAAAGGAGCCACAAUUCUUUACUUUCAAACCCGGAGAAAGCAGAGAACAGGAGAAACCUAGAAAUACCUCGCUUUUCAGAAACAUCCAUCAAAGAUAGACUUGCUAAGUACCAAGCGGCUGUGUCCAAGCAGAGCGGCUCUCACAGUUAUGUGAAUGAGAUUCAAACUAAUGAAAAUGAAGACAAAGACUACAAUUAUGAGCAGAAGGAGAAUUUGCCACCAUGUUCUGACAAUUUGUUUCCCCAGCACCUUGAAGAAAAGGUUUCAGUAAGAGAUGGUUUGAAUUCCAGUCUCUGUGAAGAUGGCACUGCUGGGUGUAACUUCCAGAAAGAGAUUGAAAUUGCAAGACCUGUCUAUGCCAAACAGCAAAGUCCUAAUUCUAGAGCAUCUUCUCAGUCUGACAGCUCUCCUCCCAAAGCAGUGAAGAAAUUUCAGGUGCCAGCAAAGGAAAUAUGUAUUGCUUGCAAGAAGACUGUAUAUCCAAUGGAGCGUCUCUUUGCCAACCAGCAAGUCUAUCACAUUAGCUGUUUCCGCUGUUCUUACUGCAGUAGCAAACUCACACUUGGAACAUAUGCUUCUCUUCAAGGACAUGUUUACUGCAAGCCUCACUUUAACCAGCUAUUCAAGUCCAAAGGUAAUUAUGAUGAAGGUUUUGGACAUAAGCCUCACAAAGAACUAUGGACAAGCAAAACUGAGACUGAUGACUGUAUUGGAAAUGCCGUGGAAGCCCCUCAUAGUCCAGGAGUAGAAGAUGCCCCAAUUGCAAAAGUUGGGGUUUUAGCUGCCAGCAUGGAAGCAAAAGCUGCUGGAAUGUCUGAGAAGGAGGAAAAAACUACAGAAACAAAAAAGUUGAAGAUUUCCUGGCCACCUCCUCCUGAACAAGGCAGUCAAGGGAGUGUCUUGGAAGAAGGCAUUAAAGUAUUCAAACCAAAGUGGCCCCCAGAGGAUGAGGUUCAGAAACCAGAUCCCCAGGAAGAAGUAGACCAAGAUCUUAAGAAGCUACGCAGAACAUCAUCAUUAAAAGAAAGAUGUCGACCAUUUACGGUAGCUGCCUCAUUUAGAACGGUAUCUGUGAGGAACUAUCGAAUGGAAAACUCAUCUCCUCCCAAGCAUGAAACAAGUACAGCACGGCAAAGUGACGAGCUUGUGAAGGAAAUGGCAGUCAAGAACAAACCGAAGGAAGAAAACAGUACAAUUGAGUAUGUCGGUACCCCAAAUACUGCCGAGAAGGAUAGAGAACUAGAUCAGGAAAAGGAAGAAGCACAAAAUGGAGCGUUCCUAUUUAAGAAUGGGCAGAAUAAUGCUGAGCCUGAGGAGGAGGAAGAGGAAGAGGAAGAAGAAGGAGGAGGAGGAGGAGGAGCAGGACAACCAGCAUUUCUUGAGAAAGAACCAAUGAUUUGUAUCUCUCCAGAAUAUUCAUCCUUGAUUCUCUCAAGUGAAAAAGAAUUCUCCACUAGUCCAAAUUAUAGAUCCAAAGAUGCAGGGCUUUUUGAAGGAGAAGACCAAGAUGGUUUAAGUGUGGAAGAACAGAUCAAGAGGAACAGAUACUAUGAUGAAGAUAAUGAUGAAGAAUAGAUUUUAUUCUCUUUUUUUUUUUCUUUAAAUAGAGGACUUACUGAAAAGUGCAGGGCCUUAAAUUGGAGUUUAAUGUUUUGUUAUUUCCUAAAGCAGGCGUCUUUACGAAAGUGACUUUGUGUUGCAAAUUAGUGUGAAAAAUCACAUAACUCUUCAGAUUUAUUUUAUAGGAAUAUAUUUUGGAACAUGCAAGAAUGUUACCAAUUUUGUGAUAAAGUUUAAAUGCUUAAAAUUGUGGAGAUAGCUGCUGCCUCAGUUGAGAAAAAAUGUGUUUCACAUUCCAUUUUGUAACUUAGUCACUUAAAAGGCAUUGUAUUCUCUUCUGCUUACCACAGUUUCAGCCAUUUCACAGUUAAGCGAAAAAGAUAGGGCUUUGAUAUACUUAAUUAUGACAUUAUCACUACUAACAAUACUACUGCAGAGCUUCCAGAUCAGUUUCCAAGAGAUGGGGACUACUUUAAAAGAGACUGCACUUUAAUGUAUAUAUAAAAACAGAGUAAUACUUUUUAAAAAUGGUGGUAACACUGUUUUCAAGAGAGGUAUUGUUCAGUACCUACAGUAUGAUAUGCAGUCUGCAAUUUUAUAAAAGAGGAAAGCUGACUUUGCUUGAUCAGGAUUAGGAGAGAAUCUGUCCAUUUUGUCUUUUAUUUUAUUUUAUUUUGUCCAUACAACUCUAGUUGUAAAUUGGCAUCCAGGUUCCUCUGACUCAAUUGGCUUUCUCCAAGCUGGUCUUAGGAGCAUCUUUGUUCCCAAGAAUCAGCUUAAGGAUGGCAUAGUUUCUGUCUUUCAGAUAUUAUACACUGCUCAAAAAAAUAAAAGGAACACAAGCAGAAGACAUCCGAGAUCUGAAUGAAUGAAAUAGCCUUAUUAAAUACUUUGUUCUUUACAUACAGUAGUUCAUACACUACUCAAACAAUUAAAGGGAACACAAAACUACUGUAUGUAACGAACAAAGUAUUUAAUAAGGCUAUUUCAUUCAUUCAGAUCUCGGAUGUCUUCUGCUUGUGUUCCCUUUAUUUUUUUGAGCAGUAUAUUUACCUUCUAUACUUGUUGUCCCAAAUAACAUUUUCCUCUUGAAAACUUGAUUCUCUCUUUUGGCAAGCAAUCAGAGUUCUCUAUGAACCAAACUGCCAGAUUUGACUCAGUGUGAAAAAAAAGUUGCAAGAAAAAGAAUCUAUAUAGUGGUAAACUUUUUUUUUUUUUUUUUUUUUUGAGACUGAUAGCCUUAUGCGUUUAGAGCUUUUCAGCUUGGCUGCAUGUGUUAUAUAAAACAUAGUGUUUUGAAUUGGUUAAAUGCUUUGUUGCAAUAAUUUUAAUAGUGUUAUGCAGUGCUUUGGAUUCAAUUCCAAAAUGGAACUUGAAAGUCUGUGGAGCAUAAAACAUAGUACCUUUGGGCAGCUUUUUAAAGCAUCCUUGUCUUUUUCCAGAUCAGAUGGCAACCGCAGAGGACUUAUGAGCAAUCCUGGGAAAAGAUGUGGCUACUUUAAAAAGUUGCAGACCAAUGCUUAGUUUACACAUUUCCAUGUUCUGAAGCACCUUUUGGGAACUGGCUCUGAUGCAUUGUAUAAACCCUUAUUUUUAAUCUGUAUUAUUUGUUUACUUAAAUUCUAGCUAUAAUCUUACAAUUGUGAAAUAUCUUGCUUUUCUUACCAUUAUUAUAUAGUUUGAAACAUUUUUACUUAAAUAAAUGCUCUGUCAUUUUUUUUGUGGAAAACUUUUAA